GUUGAUGUUUACAACCAAUGUCCAAGCAGAUUGAAUCACCCUGCGAGGCAUAAGUUAAGCCUAUGCUAGAACUAAUUGAAUGUGUCUAAGCCCUUGUAUUUGGCCGACGUUGCCGCAGCCUGUGGGUUUUCUUGGGGUGCUCCAUUUCCUCCACUAAUUAAUUCCAUAACUGCUCCAUCCCAUCUUACCUUACCUCACGCAUUCUUCAGGCUGGCCGGAACAGGUCUGUCCCUCGGGCAGGGCAGCCGGCUCCUUGAGUGUCAGCCCCGUUCCAUCCAUGCAGACCCUGCCGCAUGUCGAUUAUCAUUUCAUUUAUACUUUCUGCCAAAAAUAGUAAGCACAAUCUUUUACAGUGUGUACUGGGCUUUGGAUACCCUACUGGAGCAGUAAGUAUUCAUAACCUAGAUAUGACUGGCCUCAUUAUUCCUGAUGACAUACGGAUUGGAGAGAUUAACAAUCCUUUUACUUGUACGUGGUUGCAAGUGGAAAUUUAGUUGGCAUUUGCACCAAUUUGUAUGAUCGUUGCUGGACGUCUCAUGCAUCUUGCAGUUUCAUGCUAAUUCCUUUGGCUGGUGGUAAUAAACCUGACUAACUGUACCUGUAAAUAUAGAUUGUUAAUGCGUUACUAAGAUGAUUGCUGCGUGAUGAUAAAGAAAACACUAGACUGUAAAUUGAAUUGGAAAAACUGAGUGAAAACAUAAUGCUUGUGCCAUUAGGGCUAAGAUUGUUUUUGGCAAUGCAAUGUACUACAGACUUCCACAAACUCUAGGAGCCAGCAAUAAAAAUAAAUACUACAUGAAAAGUUCUACUUUCAGAUUUUAAUUCAACAUUAAAGUAUUAAAAGGUACCUAUAGGAUAACUUGGUUCAAUAACAGUAAUUAGAUUUGACUUAUUUACAUUUUAAAUACUCUCCUGAUUCUUGUACCAGGUUAUUUCUGUAGAACAGUAUUUUGUAAGAACAAAAUUGACUGGAUGUAUUUAAAACAAUGUAUGGUUGUAUCUUGGCGUCUCAGCAGAAGUUGCCAGCUAUGAAAAGCAAGAAGACUUCAUGGUAACCCGGCUGUUGCCCGUGAUUUGUAGAACAUUACGAGGAGGUUCUGUCACCACACACAAGUUAAUCUGGCAGACAAAAUUCACUGGUCAGUAAGGAGUAUGGGUGUGAAAUACACGAAAAAAUUUUUGAGUGAAUCUGUGUACAGUGAUGGAAAGCAAAGCAACCUGUACAUAUUGAUAAAUUUUGCUUGAAGGAGGCUAAAGGUCUCUUUACACACACCAGUGCCGUGACAGUGCCGUGACAGGCCCGUGAGUGCACCAGCGAGGUGAAAAAAUUUCUUCCAGGAAUUCUAAGGGUGUUGUUCAAACCCAACCGUGGCGUGACCGUGGCAGUGCAGACAGUGCUCUCGCCGACGCCGCACCGUGGUCGUCGUAUUUCUCGCCACCGAUAUUUUCUCGUUUCACGACCGCGCCACUGGCAGAUUUGUGAGUGUCUUGUAGCUUGUAGUGUUUUAAACAUGAAUGACGAACAACUCAUUGAAUUAGUUUGUGGCAAUACCGUUUUGUAUGAUCUGUCAAAUCCUAAAUACAUGGACACAGAAUUCAAGAAUACCCUGUGGACAAAAAUAGGAGCGGAAAUGAAUACAACUGGCCCGUUAUGUAAAACUAGAUGGGGAAACAUCAGGGAUAACUUCAGAAAGUCGUUGAAGAAAAAUAAAACUGUGAGUGGUCAAAACUCCAAAAAUGUGAAGCUUUACAAGUAUUCUGAGCAAUUGAGCUUUUUGAAGCACUAUUUCCAGGAGAGGGAGACAAGGAGUAAUAUUUAUGCAGCAGCAAGUAACGAGGACCUCAGAGGCGAGGUUGACGUAGAUGAGUCUAUAUCUUGUCACCACGACGAAGGUGCUGAAGACCAAACAAUGGAAGCCAAUACGUCUGUAACUGUACAGUCACAAAGUCACACUUGGACCAAUCCAAAACCAACAGGUUCAAUUCAAAGUGUAAUACCACGGAAGAAAACAAAACAGUCAUUACCAAAUACUGCAACCCCAAAAACUGCCGCUGCUACAGUGAUGGAAUAUCUCAUAAAAAAGAAUGAAAGUGGGAACUGCUCUUCACCGCCACUACAACAUCCCGUUGAUGCUUUUCUUUGUGGAAUAGCUCCAGCUUUGAAGAAAUUGCCGCCUCAUUAUUGGCAUUAUGCUAAAUCAGAUAUUUUUGCUGCCGUUCAAAAGUAUGAGUUCAAACUACUUCUAGACCAGCAGCAAGUUCCGCAGUCGUCUGGCUCAUCCCACGGAUCCAACCCUACGUUUCCGGAACAACCUUCCCCUGCAGGAAGCUCUCAUCACUCUUCUUUAGCGAGUGCAUAUCAAACAUCAACACCAUCUACUGAUGAAGCCCAGCCAGCCACUCCAGUCAACUUUUCAUUGCAAGAGUAUUACCAGAGUUAUUCAGAAUGAAAAUAAGCACAGUUUGUGACAUUUUCAUCUUUUCUUCUCACAGUCGCGAAAUUUAAAAUAUUUAAAUGUAAAUUGUUUUCAUGUAUUUGUUUUCGAAGAAUAUUGCACAUACUUAUACUAACAUACAUAUUAGGUUUUCAUUUAUAAUGUAGUGAUAGAUUCCUAAUACAGAGGAUGGUCCUUAACUACAGGUACAAACUUAGUAAGAAGAUUAUUUAUAAAAAUUUAAGUAGGUUGAUACAUUCAACCAUUCCAAAAUUAACAGGGGUAACCACCCUCUAAUAGGAUGUAACUUAUGUGUCAUCGGGAUAAUGGAAGAUUUGACGAUGUUUUAUUGAGUAAUAAUGUGAAGUUCACAACAAUGGUUCUCUUACUGCAACUGUGUAAGAUGCAUAAUUUAUGCAAAAAAAAGCACGCAAAGCUUUGGAUGCAGCGAGUGUGUCAGGAAAGUACAGGUAAUGCUGCAUAUCAACCAACAUUUGCUGUGAUUUGAACAGCAAUGUUAGAGUACUGCCGUUUUACCAAAUUCAUUUACGGGUAUUUUCAUUAAAUACGUACUUCUACCACCAUAUUUAAAGGGUCAUUACUCCCUACAUUUGUCAUAAGGAAUCACCUCUGCGUUUGUACCUGUGGGCUAUAGUUCAUGACCACCGUGUACAUAACAUAUCAUAUAUAUUACACAUGUUAUAUUUAAUCACAUAUAAUAUGGGUAUAGUUGCAAUUAAUGAUGGUGGACAAAUACUGAUUUUAGAUAUUUAAUUCUACUAAACUUACUGUUAUUCAUGUGUGUUAGUCAUAUACACCAGCUUACCUCAGGCAUACGGCGAGCCAUUCUCUUGCUGUGAUGGCUUUCCUCCAGUGAGUGUCCCGCUUUUGCAGAUAAUCUUCCAAUUUCUUCAACAGUAAGUUGAAGGUAUUUUCUGACAUUCUAAAAUAUUCAUAAAACUUUGCUCCAUCGUCUGUCAAUUUACUGUACAAAGUAGCAAAUUCCCCUUCUCUUCCUCUAUUUUGCCACGCCUGAUGGACCCACUUCCGUUUUUUCACUUGCUCUUCCUCUUCUUCAUCCAAAAUCACAGCAAUAGCCAAGAGGUCAUCCUCCGAGUAUGUAGCCAUCUCGCUCUCUCAAUUUACUGCUACGCGCCGUGCCGGGUGAAACACUGACCAUUGUGACUAAACAGCACUGUGACAUCACGGCCGGUGGAUUCACGGGCCGGUCACGGCACUGUCACGUCACUGUCACGGCACUGGUGUGUGUAAAGAGGCCUUAAUGGAGUUGGUUGCUGAAAGAGGUGACAAGCAACAAAGGACACUGAGGCUGGGGCUCUACAAAAUGACACUGUGUGGUCUUGAAGAUUUUAUAACUUUAAGAGGAAUUAAGUGAUAGAUAAAAAAAAUUGGAAAAUUAAGUAGUCCUUUUUUCUGUCCACUUGCCCUACCUCUAAAAGCCUUCAAGGUCACAAGACCGGUACUUUACACUGUCUCUCUCAUUCCUCCAUCGCUGGCUGACCGAGUUUUUCCAUCCUCCCACCUCCUCCAAUAGGAGGUUUUAUCCUUCAUAUGCCCUUCUGACGCCUGGUCACGGCAGCCUUCAGCACUUCCUCCUACAUUUUUCCCAGCCACAGAUUUUCAAGCCAAACAACCCAAUGACAGUAAUAAUUCCAUUAUUCUGGAGAGUUAGGUUUUGUGAGGCAAAGGGUCCUUUCAUUAGUU